GUUACACUAAGCGGCACACAGGAGCUUCACAUGAGAAGAGUCCUAUCACUUGCACUCCCUUCAAGCAAGACAGCCACAGACAUUCUCAAUCCUGACAACAAUGUCACCUCCAAGCUCUACAGACCUGAAAAAGACUAAGUCAAAGAAGAGUAAGGAUCAUCAUUACACAGAUGUGCACGGCCUGCCAUGCAUUGAGAAGAUCGUGGCUUCUGUGGAUGAGACCCCAGAGGCCAUCAGCACUAAUAUCAGUGGAACUAUCCCAGAGUGGAUUAGUGGCAAUUUCCUCAGAAACGGACCAGGAAAGUUUGAGAUUGGCAAUAAUAAAUUCAACCACUGGUUUGAUGGAAUGGCCCUCCUGCAUCAAUUCAAAAUCGCGGGAGGCCAGGUGACCUACAAGAGCCGCUUCCUGGGCAGUGACUGCUACACAGCUAACAGUGAGAACAGCCGCAUCGUUGUGUCUGAAUUCGGGACUGUGGCCAUGCCAGACCCCUGCAAGAACUUCUUCCAACGCUUUCUGUCCCGGUUCGAACUGCCAAAAGCGUCAGAUAAUGACAAUGUGAGCUUUGUGACGUACAAGGGUGAUUACUACGUGAGCACGGAGACAAACUUCAUGCACAAGGUGGACCCUGAGACACUUGAGACAAAGGAAAAGGUGGACUGGAGCAAAUUCAUUGCUGUCAAUGGAGCCACUGCCCACCCCCACACAGACCCUGAUGGUACAACAUACAACAUGGGGAAUUCUUACUCUGCUAAAGGUGCAAUUUACAAUAUCAUCCGCGUGCCUCCGACAAAGACAAUGCCAGAAAACCCAGAGGAAACCCUGGAGGGAGCUACAGUGGUCUGUUCUAUUCCUUCAGUGGACAAGGCAAGACCUUCAUACUACCACAGCUUUGCAAUGUCGGAGAAUUACGUGGUGUUUAUUGAGCAGCCUAUCAAAAUGGACCUCUUGAAGAUUGUUACAGGCAAGCUGAGAGGAAAGGGUAUCAGCGAUGGGGUCUACUGGGACCCUAAACUUGAGACCAUCUUUCAUUUGAUUAACAAGCAGACAGGCAAGCUCAACUCAGUCAAGUAUUAUGCCAAAGCGCUGUCCACAUUCCACCAGAUCAACGCCUGGGAGGAGGAUGGCCUCCUGGUUAUGGACCUCUGUGCCGCAGACGAUGGCAAAGCCAUCAACAACUACAUUGUUCAGAACAUGCGCAAGUCAGGAGAGGCUCUGGACAAGGUGUACAACACUAUGUGCAGAGUGUUCCCCCGGCGAUUUGUCUUGCCUCUCAACGUGGACAAGGAGACACCCUGUGGGCAAAAUCUGAACACACGCCCUGACAGUACCGCCACUGCCACCAAGACUGCGAAGGACAAGGUGUUCUGUACACAUGAGGAUCUGCACGAUGAAGAACUUCAUACGUAUGGUGGUCUCGAGUUCCCACAAAUCAACUAUGCCAAGUACAACACCAAACCAUAUCGCUACUUCUACGGUUGUGGUUUCAGACAUCUAGUAGGAGACACUCUCAUCAAGAUGGACCUCCAAGGCAAAAGAAUGAAGGUGUGGGAGCAUCCUGGACUGUACCCUUCAGAGCCUGUCUUUGUACCCUUGCCUGGCGCUACAGAAGAGGAUGACGGUGUCAUUAUGUCUGUGGUCAUCACUCCAAAUAAGGACAAGAGCACGUUCCUGUUGGUUUUGGAUGCCAAGACAUUCAAAGAGUUGGGCAGAGCAGAGGUGCCUGUGAACAUUCCCUAUGGUUUCCAUGGGACAUUCAACUCCACUACGACUCAUAGAAGGUGUGACUCCAAGUUUCUGGCCUCCAUCAAUAUGUCUUCCAACUCCCUAACUUGUGAAGCAUCUAUUGCAGCCCUCUCACUGUAGG